AUGUACGUGUCGGACAUACUCAUAGCUCUGCUACAGACGGCGAAAGUAGCUUCUUCGUCGGCUGCUCCUAUCAUCCCGCCGCCUCCCCAGCCAGAGCCAAUCGAUGUCACAGAGCUACCGCUUCCUCCUGUCUCUGGCGACUCAGAGGGGUCGUGCACUCCCGGGAUCAACCCCCUGAGGACGGGCUGCAUCUUCUUUCUACCCGACGACAAUCAUGUCAUCGCUCGCGUUAGGUACGCCGGCGCACCAGCUGUACCCGAUCCGGCUAGCAUCUACAGCGGUGACCAGAUAAUACUCACCAAGACCGACGGGACCUCCUUUCCGGAUGGCAGCUCGUUCAAGUGUAUUACUUGCGGAGUACCCGAGAGCAAUACCAAAGGGCGGACGGAGGGGCUGGACUACCCCCAGGCGUUUCGCGACGGAAAACGUAUACUUGCCGGCACCAACGUAAUCGACUGCGGCGAGUUCGACCUAGCUAGCGACAACUGCACUCCCAAGUCGACACAUGUCUAUGCUAUCCGGUGGAAUACUGCCACCGACGGGGCUGGUGAGGGCGGGCCGCUGCGCGAAUUACACCAACAUGCGUACGUCGGCCGGUUCGUGUUCGACCCUUCACUAACCACCAGUCUGCCGUUGGCUCCCCGAUACGACUUGACGAACGUGAGCAUACUAUUUGCCGAUAGCGAUCGACAUGUCCCCCUCCUCAAAGCUAUUACUGUGGGCGAGUUCUGGGGGUUCAGCGGCACCGGUAAAGAGGCUACCUACGUCGGGUACCCGCGGGAGUCGUCGAGCAUCGACGUCUUUGCCGUCGACUUGGUUACGGGUGACAUCCGUCGCUUAACGAGUCAUCCCGAGUACUGCGACCCAAUCGACAUUUCCGCGGACGACGAAUGGAUUGCCAUUAUGGACAUGCGAGGCACCAACCGGCAGAUGUUCCUCGCGGGGAUGCGGGACGUGCCUCCGAUUACAGAUCUGCUCACGGCAACCGUGACAUCCUCGACGCGCAACGACGGCGAUCGCCGGUUCUUCCAGCCGUACCUCCUCGACCGGCAUGGGGACCGCGGCGAUUACUACGGCCAGCAGAUGAACGCGGCCGGCGACGGGAGCCCCGGCAGCGUCAACGACCCGAUGUGGAACGGCACGGCCGACCCGAAGUUCUCCUUCGACACCACACGCCUGGUGUACCGGCAGUCGCUCGUUAUCGCACCGGCCUGCGGGGGUAAUAACUCUCUCCCCUGCCCCGACUCGACUGAGCCGGGCGGCCGGACGCAGCGAGCGAUGAUCGCCCGCUUCACCUCCCGUCGGCUAAAAGCCCUCGAGCCAGUAGUGCCACUGAGCGACGUGACUCCCUGGGGCACGCCUUACGAGCCGGGAUACGUGCCCUCUCCGAGAUUACUGAUCCCUGGCGGGAGUUAUACGCUACGGGUAGCCGUGGCCGGAUCUGCGCGGGUAGACGUCGCCCUUAACGGGGACGGCACGGUGGUGCACUCGAUCGCGGUGACAUACGAUGGAUUUACCGACGACGGCGUAACUUUCCUGAACGGAGCGGAGAACGUUACGGUGGGCAGCCCGGUCCCGACGUUGAGCGAGCUUACCUGGUUCUCCGACCUCGCGUAG